CUGGCCACUUUUGCCGUCAACUUUGCCGACUAUUCCACCCAGGUUUACACUGCAUACACGACGAGCGCCUUCAAGCAGCACUCGGCCAUGAGUGCUGCGCGUGUGGUUAUGAACAUCACCCGCAUUGCUUCAUAUCCGAUCAUUGCUAAACUGGGCGAUGUACUAAAGCCUUGUACCUCUUCAAUCUCCAUGCUGACAACAAUUCCAGGUCUUUGGCCGAGCUGAAAUGUUCAUCCUUUCAAUCAUCGCCCAGGUACUCGGCUAUGUCAUUUAUGCAUGCUGCAAGAACAUCUCGCAGUAUAUGGCCGCCGGAAUCUUCGAAGCCAUCGGUUCAACAGGUUAUGCCCUUACCCAGCAAGUAUUCGUCGCCGACGUAACGAACUUGGUCAAUCGAGGUAUCUGGUCGACACUGCCCGACUCCCUGACAACUAUCCCGACAUUAUACCUAGGCACGAUCGUUGCGCAAGACAUUCUCGACCACUCGACGUGGCGCUGGGGAUGGGGUAUGUGGGCAAUUGUGCUGCCCGUUGCUGCAGCACCCUUGGUCGGAAGCAUGGUGCUUUACCAGCACCGUUCCCCUCGACGAGUCCGCAUCAGUACGGCUUUGGGGUGGAAAAGCGAGGAUCCUUGGUGGCGUCGGGUCUAUGAUCUCCUGUGGAUUCAACUGGAUCUACCGGGGGCCGUGCUACUUCUAUUGGGGCUGUCGCUGUUCUUGAUCCCACUGUCCCUGACUGGUUCGGGCAAUAGUGGUGCCUGGCAACACAACGGCUCUUUCAUUGCCAUGCUUGUCAUGGGCGUGGUGUUUGUAAUUGCCUUCCUGGCGUGGGAUGCCUGGUUCGCGAAGAAGCCAUUUGUCCCAUACCGGAUGAUCCGCAACCGCACCGUGGCCGCCGCUUGCCUGCUGGGCGCCCUGGACUUUUUCCACUACUCCGUCUUCACAGUGUUCUUCACAAGCUACCUGCAAGUAGCUGGACACUUUGAGGCUGGAAAUGCCACCCGGAUUGACAACUCUCUGCGAGUAGCUUUUCAAGUGGCAGGGAUCUUCGCCUCGCUCUUCAUGAAAUACACUCGUCGUUCGCAAAUUUGGGUUCUUGGGGGCGUCCCCCUCUGUGUGCUCGGCAUGGGCAUUGUUCUUUACCUUGUGGAUAUGGGCAAUGGCAAAACAGGAAGCGAGGCGGCCUUUGUCACGGCCAAAUCGCUGAUCGGAAUCGGGCGUGGCUUCUACCAGACCGCAGCUCAGGUCUCCGUCCAAGCCGUCGUGUCCAGACAGGAAGUCUCCGUCGUGACGGCAGUAUUCUUUGCUUCUAUGAGCGUAGGAGGAGCCAUUGGAACUAGUGUGGCUGGCGCCAUCUGGCGAAGCACCCUCCCCAAGAAGCUGGAGCAAUAUCUUCCCGAUGCGCUCAAACCCCAGGCGCACACCAUCUUCAGCUCUAUUGUCGUGGCGAAGAAAUAUCAACCUGGCACGGCUGCUCGUGAUGCUAUUGACCGCAGCUAUCGGGAGUCGCAGCGCCUUUUGGCAAUUGCUGCUCUGGCGGCUUUGGCUCCGAUGCUGAUUGUGAUGUUCUUCCUGCGUAACGUACAUCUUGAUGCGCGAGAUGAGGAAGAGGCUACUUCCGAGACACCGGUCGAGAAGGGCCACGAAGACGUCCAGGCGGGGAAAACUGCUACCGCAACUUCGAGUCCUGCCGGUGCUGAAAAUGGCCAUCGGAUCGAACAGUAGUCGGGGUGCUAAGUAGAUGAAAUGAGCUGCGGUGAAACAAAAUGCUUCUCGGUGUCCUGACUGUGCCUCGGAUAUUCGCAAGACCAUCCAGCAUUCGAACGAUCAUCCUCUUUGAUUGAUUUAUAGAUUUCGGACGAGAAACAUUGAACUAUCUCAAACUAGUACUCAUUUUUGACUUCAGGUGAAGUAUAGAGCGUUUUUUGGAGUUGCAAAUGUGAUCGCGGCAGCCAGGCAGCUCUCCGAAGGUUGAGGCCUCGAGAUACAUAUAUCAUCGUGCUUGCCAGCCAUAUUUAUCCUGGGAAAGGCAAUUUUUCGGGCCAGUUCAAAGUAAUUCAUGGAAGAUAAACUGCUUAUAAAUCGAACGAUAGGAGACCUAUUGAAAAAGGCAAA